AUGAAACAUUGGCAUAUACUUGGAGUUAGUAAUAGUGGUUCUUUUAUUGCACACUAUCUUCGAAAACGCGGCCAUAAGGUCACUUUACUCAUGAGAGACCCCACAACCUUAAAUAAAUUCGAUAAGCUUAAUCGUUCAAUUGAAGUUUCAAAGGAAUUUGAACCAAAGGUUGAGAUAUCAAAAGAGUAUCAAUCAGAAUGUAUACAUGGGUAUGAUUAUGGAAAUGUGAUUGAUCCUCGAUAUCCAAAUGAAUCAUGUCCACCACAUUUACGUAUUAGGAGACUUAUCGUCACGAUUAAAUCUCACGAAUUUAGUAAAUAUUAUCAAAGGAUCUAUCAUCGUUUAUCACCAACGAGUACAAUUAUCUUAUUCACUUAUGGAAUGGGAACUUAUGAAGAAUUAAUGAAAGAUUAUUAUAAUUUUGAUGAAGCAAUCAGACCAAAUCUUUUAAUCGGUUUAAAUUCUCAUCAUGUUUAUAAAAGGGCUUCCUAUGGCACUCAAUUUAAAUUAAUACAUUCUGGAUUUGGUGAAAUCGACCUUGGGGUUAUUCCUAGACGUUUUAAUAAAACCGAACAAAAGAAAGUUGACGCAAGUUUACAACCUGAAGAACCUUUGGUGAACGUUGAUGAUACUAACAAGGAUUUAAAUAAUGUAUCAUUUAAAGAUACAUUAGAUUCGGUGAUCAAAGAAUUUAUUGAAAUUCCAGAACUUAAUGCAAGAAAUGUUAAUUAUUCAAACAUAGUUAACCGUAAACUUGAGAACCUUGCAUUGAAUUCAGUCAUUGAUCCAAUUACAUCAAUUUAUUAUAUACGUAAUGGGUCAUUAUUAUUUAACGCCAUGGCUGACCGUGUUAUAAGACCAAUUUGCGCAGAAUCUUCCAUGGUCAUCAGGAAGCACAGAGAAAGUCUUGGGAUGACACCAACAAACAGAUUUGCCACUGAUAGAUUGAUUGAUGCCGUGUUUCAAAUCUGCUUAAAGACCCCUCAUUUUGAAUCUUUAUCGUUACAAUAUAUCAAAAAAAAUAUGCCAACGGAAAUAGAUUAUUUAAAUGGGUACAUAGUUAAGUUAGGAAAUGCUCAUAACAUUCCUACUCCCAUAAAUCAAUUUUUAAUAGACAUG